GAGGCGGGUCUAGAGUGACAGCCGGAGUUGGCACAGGGCGGGGAGCGGAGCAGAUUGCUUGCAGGAGGAGAGACAGACCGCCGCCGGCUUCUUCAGCAGUACGGCAAGUGAAUGCAGCAGAGGAGCAUCCCCCGCCCGGCUGUUGAAAAUAAAGGCAGUAAUCAUGACAGCACAGGGUUAUAUGUGGGAUGGCACUGACUGCUGUUUGACUUUUUAAUGCACAGUAUGCAGAACUGCUUGGCUGUUGGUCCAGUGUAGAUGUAAGAAACAGUAUUUAAAGCUAUGUCGAAGAAAAACCGUACAAAGGGAGAAAGGUCUGACAUGGAGGUUGACGCUGUCCAAACUGCUAAUGAGGAAUUACGGACUAAAUUGACCAACAUCCAGAUAGAAUAUCAGCAGGAAAAGAGCAAGGUAAGUAAACUGAGAGAGAAGCUCCAGGAGGUAAAGCAAGAGCGAGAACAGGAGCAGCACAAGCACACAGCCUACAUAUCUGAACUGAAGGCAAAACUCCAUGAAGAGAAAAUGAAAGAACUCCAGGCUCUCCGGGAGGUACUUAUUCGGCAGCAUGAACAAGAGGUAGCUCGAAUGGUGAAAAUCAAAGACACUGAAGUCCAGCGAUUGCAGUCUACCGUGAAUGUGUUGCGGGAUGGGGCUGCUGACAAAGUGAAAACUGCUUUGCUAAAUGAAGCCAGGGAGGAAGCCCGGAAAUCCUUUGAUGGUGAGCGUAUAAAGAUGCAGCAGGAGAUACUGGAACUGAAGUCAGGCAAAAAACAGCUGGAAGAAGCCUUGAGCAACCUCAUGCAGGCAGAUAAGAUGAAGGCAGCUGACCUGCGCAUGGCCUACCAGUCCCAUCAAGAUGAGAUUAAUAGGAUAAAGCGUGAAUGUGAGAGGGACAUCCGUAGGCUGAUGGAUGAGAUAAAAGGCAAGGACAGAGUGAUUCUGGCUUUGGAGAAAGAUCUUGGUGUCCAGGCAGGUCAUACACAAAAGUUGCUACUCCAGAAAGAAGCACUGGAUGAACAACUUGUUCAAGUGAAAGAGGCAGAACGAUACCAUGGCAGCCCAAAAAGAGAGCUUCCUCCUGGUGUGGGAGAUGUCACCGAGCUUGCAGGAAGUCCGGAGCAACAUAUGGAUGAGCGAGAUAUGCGGAGAUUUCUACUAAAAAUAGCUGAACUGAAUGCAGUAAUACGGAAACUUGAAGACAGAAAUACACUUUUAGCGGAUGAAAGGAAUGAACUGCUGAAACGGUCUCGGGAGACAGAAGUGCAACUUAAGCCACUUGUAGAAAAGAACAAAAGGUUGAAUAAAAAGAAUGAUAACAUGCUGCAGAGUAUACAGAGGAUGGAAGAAAAAAUUAAGAGCCUCUCCAAGGAAAAUGUGGAAAUGAAAGAGAAGUUAUCUGCCCAACCAGCUUUGAGAAGGCACACUUCAUUGAAUGACCUCAGCAGCACACGUGAAGAACAAGAAGUUCAGUUCCUUAAGCUGCAAGUUGUAGAGCAACGACAUGUUAUUGAUGACCUCACAGUGGAGCGAGAACGAUUAUUACGCUCUAAAAAGCAGAAAAGGAAAAGUUUGAAACCUCCAAAGAGGCAUGUUGUAGAGACAUUUUUUGGAUUUGAUGAAGAAUCUGUUGAUUCAGAAACAUCAUCGGUAACUUCCUAUAACACAGAUAAGACAGACAGGACUCCAGCUACACCAGAAGAGGACUUGGAAGAUAACACACCUAAAGAAGAAGCUGACUUGCGGUUCUGUCAACUAACCAGAGAAUAUCAAGCUUUGCAAAGGGCAUAUGCGUUGCUGCAAGAACAGGUCGGGGGAACCCUGGAUGCAGAAAGAGAAGCAAGGACACGUGAACAACUGCAGGCUGAUCUUCUCAGGUGCCAAGCAAAAAUUGAAGACCUGGAGAAAGCUCUGAUUGAGAGAGGGCAGGAUUCUAAAUGGAUAGAAGAAAAGCAGGCAUUGAUCAGGAUGAACCAAGAAUUGCUAGAAAGGAUUUACAAAAUGGAGCUGGAAGAAAAUCAUCUGAAGAGUGAGAUGCAGGAUGCCAAAGACCAGAAUGAGCUGCUGGAAUUCCGAGUCCUAGAACUGGAAGAGAGAGAACGAAGGUCACCAGCUUUUAACCUCCAUAUAACUGCCUUCCCUGAAAACAAUGGAAGUGCACUUCAACUGUUCUGUCGUCAGGAGGGAAUAAAGGAUGUGAAUAUUUCUGAACUUAUGAAGAAGCUAGAUAUCCUUGGUGAUAAUGGGAAUUUGAGGAAUGAAGAACAAGUUGCAAUAAUCCAAGCUGGGACUGUACUUUCCCUCUGUGAAAAGUGGCUAAAACAAAUAGAAGAGACUGAAGCUGCCCUCACUCAGAAGAUGAUUGACCUGGAAAAUGAAAAGGACCUGUUCAGUAAACAGAAGGGUUAUUUAGAAGAAGAACUUGAUUACAGGAAACAAGCUCUCGACCAGGCUUACAUGAAAAUCCAGGAGCUGGAAGCCACACUUUAUAAUGCUCUGCAGCAGGAGUCGGGGAAGAGAGUGAGCGAGUCCUUGAAUGAGGCCCAGAAGGACGACUUGCGCACCGCAGUGGAGAAGGUGCGGAGGCAGAUCAUGAGGCAAAGCCGUGAGUUUGACAGCCAGAUCCUGCAUGAGCGCAUGGAGCUGCUUCAGCAAGCCCAGCAGAGAAUUCGGGAGCUAGAAGACAAAAUUGAACUUCAGAAGCGACAGCUCAAAGAAAUAGAGGAAAAGCAUUCAUCCUGUGGCCUUGAUGAAUCUACAGAGCAAAGAAAUGUGGUUAUGAAAAGAUCCUUUGGAGUAAACCAAUGAGUUUUUGUACAAGUACCAAAAGUGUUUGUUUAAGCAGCUUUAAGUCAAUGUCCUUUACUUUUCCUUGAUGCAGUUUGCAGCUGUUUUGCUUUCAAACAGCUGUGAGCCAUUUUGGAUUUUUUGUAUAAAGCUAUAGCUAUAAACUGGAAUUAUUUGAUAAUCUUAUACCAACAAACCAGCACUAAUAAUACUAAGGAAAUUUAUGAAGUUUUGAGACAAUGAAAUGAACAAAAAUUCAGGGGCAAUUCUUCUUUACAACAGUCUUCACUAUGUCUACUUGUGUGCGUGUUUGUGUGUGUUAUUGUAAAAUCACCUACUUCUUUGUGCCCACUUGCAUGAUCUCAAGAAACAGAGGCAAGUUUUUCACACAGAACCGUUUGGAUGUGGAAUUUUCAGUGCUGAGAAGAAAUACUGUUGUAAACUGGAGAUAAAGCUACUACAAGACUGGAUCCAAAUAAAGAAUGAGAAUCCUGUUAGAUGAAGCUAAAAUAAAUGUAUGAGAACCUGAUGUGGUGCAGAAAGGGAAAAAUAAAAGUUGAGAAGGAGAGCAUCACUAGGGGGGCAUGGCAACUCCGAUGUUACAGCUCACCUCUAUCAUAUAAGAAAAAGACCUGGAAGCCAUGUAGAAAGAAAAAUGAUUUCACACAUGAAAUCUAAGUGUCUGGGAAGUGUUUGUCUUGGGGUGCCAGUUAUUAAAUAAAUUAAAAUUCUGGGCCAUAAUGAAAAGACACUUAAAUUGCUGGGAUAUUGUACAGUUUGGAUCCAGAAAAGCUAUGGACUAAAGGCUGAUAACUGAAGAAAAUAUUCAUGGUCCUGGCUCCACUUUCAUGGAUACACAAGUGCUGGUACUGAUCCUUUAUAGUAUAUCAACAAGAUUCCGAUUAAAUAAAAAUGUAGAAUAUAAACUGGAAUAUGAAAAGACACAAUGUUCAACACUGAAGAAAAUUUAAAGUAUGCACUUUUACAGCUCUGGAAAUAGAGAUACAGUUUCUUCAGUAUUAGAGACAGAAGGAAAACGGUUGUGGCAUAAAACAAAUGGAUCUAACUAGGAAUGUUUAUUAGACUAAAGAUUAUGCGAAGAUGGCUGCCAAAUGGGACAGUAUGGAGUAGACUAGUAUUGUGUUUCUAAGAUAAAUUAAAAUAAACAUUAAACAUCUGAUUUAUUGUGUAGAUACACAAAGACAUAACUACUCAAGUAACAACAAACAGCAAGGCGCGAAUUAAGAAGAAUGAGGAUAGCUGAUGGAAAAAUAGUAAUCCUAGGGGGCGGGAAUGGAAAGAAGCCUAUGCAAAAUUGCACAAUAUCAUUUUUAUAAUGCUAGAUGAUAAAAUAAGCAUGCAACAAUCAUGCUAAUAUGUUGGAUUAGCCAAAGGGGAUUCCAAAGUAGCUGACUUCAUGUUAUUUGGUGGGUGGGUGGGGGGCUAUAAAUUUAAAAAAGGGGGAAGGACUUGCUGGGAGAAGUAUGUGUUUCCCCCUAAUUCCAGAAGUAAAAUGCCAAGUACACAGCACAGGAUGGAAUAGUGUGGUCAGUGGAAAAAACAUCCAGGAAACGUUGUGAUGUACAUGACUGACGAAAAACAGAGGACCAGCCAAUUAUAUAUAUUAAAGGAUUGAAAAUCUAUUUUAUACAGUAUACAAUGUAAAUGCAGCAAUGGAUACAGUGGAAUGGCCAAUCUGCCAAGGAAAAUAUUUUUUGCUGCAAAGAGACCCAUGAGAAAUACAUUAUUUUAUCUGGAAUUUUUGUGUGUAGCACAUGUUCACAAGACAGCUUCAGCCCCGAACGAGGCUUAUUAAAUCAGUUUCAAACUUUCCAAAAGCCGCAUUUCCAAACCUGGCAUCAAAAUUAAAGCACAAGGAGAAUGUGGCUUUUUGCUUAAAAAUCCAAAACUCAGUGCUCUGCAGGAAAAGUUUUUUGACCUCUCUGGAAAGCAGGAAAACACUGGAACAGGAACUGCAACAGCCAUUGUUUGCUAUUUGAAUCUACUAAUCUAAUGAUAAGCAACAAGAGCCAGAGUUGUGAAUGCAAGGUUGGACUGUCUCUAGGAAGACUAAAUCCCUGCUGAGCCGUGAACCAUACAUGGAGGCCAUGGCUGAUAUCAUGGUAAAGUUAUCUGAAAGAUGGGUGUCAGAUGCUUGGACAGGGGGCGCAAUUUCAGUGCUUGCCCUAGGCGCUAUUUUCCCUAGAUACGCCUCUGCGGUAAUAUGAUUGUGGCCCUGUUUCAAUUCACAUUCUGUGUUCUCAUAUCUUCGUUCUCGGAGUGGGAGAAAAAUCUAUUUACUGUUCAGGAUAAAACAGGAAAAUGGCAAACAUAGUGGCUAUUGGCCAGAGGAGGAGAGAAAGAAAUGUCAUCAUGAAUAAUGCAUAGAUCUCUAAAGGAAAAAACAGAUGGCUCAACCUCAACUGCUGCAGCAGAAAGCUAUUUGUCAGACACCUUGUCAGCAAGUAAUAAAGGCUGGAGUCCUUUGGGGGGGAAAUCAGCUGCUCUGGAAAGAGGAAAGCCCAUGAAAACAAUGCAAGGAACAGAUGUACCUGAUCCAGAGAGAAAAAGCAAAGCAUUGCUGGAGGCAUGACGGAGCAAGUUUGCAUUCUGCUGCUUACCACAGAUACGUAACUGAAAAAAGAGUUAUGAACCCACAAUAAUUCACUCUUAUCUUGGAAACCUUCAGAACAACCAUUUAUUAAUCUGCUCCUACAGGAUAUGAAUAGCAUAAUACUUCAGUGUUUCAGACAUUCCCCAUAUCGUGUUUCAUGUGUGAAUGCAUGUAUGUUUACACAAUACUGAUCAUUCCUAAGAGGUGCUGAGUAUUCUUAACUCCACCAUCUCACAGCACAGAUAAUUGAAUGAAUUAAUUUCUGCUGCUUGAGACUUCCUUUUAGUAACAUCUGAAGAGCAGACUUCUCCAGAGAAUUAAUGGUGUUUCUGUUUAAUGUGAUAUAGUACAGUGAAAUGAUGCCACAUAGUAAAAAAUAACAUGGUUUAGCAAGAAAACUCACUGAAGCUAUAAACAUGGGCUACGUUGCAGUCACAAUUAGCUGUAAUGAAAUCUGUGGUUCCACUGAAAUCCAAUUGGAUUAUUAAUGUGCUUAGGUUGAGAAUCAUACAACAUGGGUGUAUGUGCGUGGGCGGGCGGGUGCAUGUUAUUAUUAAAUGUAUUAAUCACAUUUCUGUUUGCAACUCUCAACAUAAUUUACAAUCAGUACAAGCAAAAUACAGUAAUUAAACUGAAAAUAUAGAAAUUUACGUCAUUAUGGCAAAAAGAAUAAACUCUGAAGAAAUAUAAGACCAUUUACAUUAGAUUAACUAAUUAAAGACUAGGAAAUGCUUUAAAAAAUAGAACUGUUUAAACCCUCUCCAAUACUGCAAAACUAGGGGGAUAUCUUUUGCCAAAGAAUUUUAAAGGAAGAGGAGGAUGGAACAUGAACACACACACUUUGUAAAGUACUGGCAAUUUUUGACAUACAGUGGAUGCAGCCAUUUUCCUCUAAAUUUCAGAAUACACUCCUUCUUCUUCUUCUUCUUCUUCUUCUUCUUCUUCUUCUUCAUUUACACAGUCAGACAGGUGUUAUUGACUGGUUUGUUUUAUCCAGACAUCGAGUCCUUCCCAAGGACCUGGGAUGGCUGGAUUUUAUUAUCAAUGUUGUUGCUGUUAUUAUAGAUAUCGUCGCAGAAUAUAGGCUGUUCCCAGUAAAGCUGCUUUUUGUAAUUGGCUGAUGGUGAUUUCUGUGGCCCCUAUGGUGUUGAGGUGCUCUUCAAGUUGUUUUGGAAUUGCACCUAGGGUGCCAAUUACCACUGGGAUUAUUUUGGUCUUUUUCUGCCACAGCCUUUCCAUUUCAGUUUGUAGAUCUUUGUAUUUUGUGAUUUUUUUCUAUUUCUUUUUCUUCUAUUCUGCUAUCCCCUGGUAUUGCUAUGUUGAUUAUUUUAACUUGUUUUUCUUUCUUCUCAACUACAGUUAUAUCUGAUGUAUUGCGUGGCAGAUGUUUGUCUGUUUGUAGUCGGAAGUCCCAUAAUAUUUUUGCAUCUUCGUUUUCUAACAACUUUUUCAAUUUUAUUGUCCCACCAAUCUUUGGCUACAGGUAGCUUGUAUUUUUUGCAGAUGUUCCAGUGUAUCAUCCCUGCUACUUUGUCAUCCCUUUGUUUGAAGUCAGUCUGUGUGAUCUUUUUACAACAGUCGUUGUUGUUGUUAGAAAUUCUAUCACCCCAUAUGCAAAUCCCUAGGCAGUUCACAAUCUAAAAAUACAUCAAUUAAAACAUUAACACAAUUAAAACCAUCUAAAAUACAAAUAAAAACUCUAAAACUUAAAACUUUACAACUAUAAACUAAAAGCCUGACUCAACAUGUAUGUUUUCAGGUCCUCCUUAAAAAACAUUCAGAGAAAGGGAGGCUCUGAUUUCAUUAGGAAGCAUGUUCCAAUGUCCCAGGGCAACCCUAGAAAAGACCCAGUUUUGAGUUGCCACUUACUGAGCCAGUGGCAACCACAACCAGACUUCUCCAGAUGAUCUUAAUAGGUGGUGGGGUUCAGGGCUUUAUAGUUAAUAACCAGCACUUUGUUUUUUGCCAGGAAAUGUAUUGGCAGCCCGUGUAGUUCUUUUAAAACGGGUGUAAUAUAUCUUCGGGUAACCCCAGAGAAUAACCUGGCUGCUGUAUUCUUUACCAACUGCAGUUUCCGGACUAUGUACAAAGGCAGCCCAAUGUGGAGUGAUUUUUUAAAAAAUGUACAGAUUGUUACAUAAUUAUGUGUUUUAAUGAGUUUCAGUCUACCGAAUACAAAUCUACCAAAGUGUGUCCAUCUUAAUGUUUGGGGAAAGCCCAAACAUUUGGCUAGCAUUUUAAGUAUUUACUUUUAAGAAAAGUAUUUUUAAAAUGGUAUAAUUAUUCAUUCAGUAAUGAAUACCACCUUUAGGUAUUCAUAAUAUGAAUUUGUUAACAGGUAGCAAUAGACAUGAAUAAAAAUACAAGGGAUUUGUGUUUGAAGGCAGGGGUUUGACUAACCCCAAUUAUAACAGAGCCAGUGUGAGCAGUAAAAGUUGAGCCCAUUAAAGAGUAGUUUGAGACAAUUGUUUAAGUUCCAAAAGCAAGUAAGCUUUAUUGGGGAAGUUACACUCUUGGAUAGAAAGCCUGUAUGCCGGAGCUUUCUGUCUUCAUAAUAUAGAGUAGAGACGGAGAGGAAGAAGCCGCAUGACCAAUGGAAUCUGCAGCAGAGAGAGUCAAGAGGCACUCUGGGAGCAAGAAAGGCGGAGCGAUAGGCCCUCAGAAUAUCAGUCUACCUAUCAGAGAAAGUCAGAGAAAGCUACCUAUCAGAGAAAUUCAGAAAAUUAUGAAUUUUCUUUUCAUAAGAAAGAGAGACAACAAGAAUGAAAUAAAGAGCAAGACCCUUUAUCACUGUCACUACUCUUAGUGCCCUGAGUGGUCACUAGUAUAAAAGGUGUUAAGAAUUGAUGUUCCUGGAGUUCCCUCUCCAGCAAUUUCCAUAUGCAUGAACAAGAUUAAGGUAAUGAAAAUGUAUCUGUAUAAAACCUUGAUAAGGACUCCCUUGUUUUUUUGUCUGAAAUAUUUAGAAUGGACUCCACUUCUCUGAGAGUCACAAUAUUGGACACUCAGAGAAGUGGGACCUACCACAUUUUGUUUAAUUGCUCUUUGUUUAGAAAAUGGUGGUCUUAAUCAUGAUUGACCCACUAGUUGUUUGAAAGUGAAUGGCAGAAUGGUACAAAUGUAUAAAAAUAAUUGACAGACUAAUUUCAUACCCAGUAUGAUAAUACGUUUAGCAAUGGAUGAUGAUAAAUGACCACGGCAACUUGUGCUCUUCUUAGCUACUAAUCCCUGAUCCCUUAUGAAGAAUGGUAAAUGAUGGGCAACUGCUUUUCUCUAUAUUAUUUUUGCCACACAUCUGAAAAGAUGAAAAAGAACAACCAUAGAAAUUAUUUUUAAACUGAUAAAUAAUGUCUAAUAUUUUAGAAUAAUUUCUCUUCAUGAAUGAUAAAAGCCAUUAACAGACACUAUAAGAAAUCCAGAUUUUAACAAUCUGAAAUUAUCAUAAGACAUACAGAGCUACUUUUCUUGUGGCAUGAUAUUCAUUCUAGUGCUGCUAUUGCCUUCCAAUAUUAUUACAAAAUAUUAUUUGCACCAACUUCAGUUUCAGAUAUUGGAAGCACAAUGAUUAAAAGCGCUGUAAAAUUAAUAUAAAAAUAUUAGGGUUGGUCAAGUAAGCUAUGGUGUGGACACACCAGGACCUGCACCCCCCCCGCAUUUCCUAUGAAUGCUAGUUUGCAGGGGCAUAGCUAGAGGAGAGGGGGCCCGUGUUCUCCCCUCUCCCUGGUGGCCCCUUAGAGUGAGGGAGAUGAUGAAGCAAAUAGGGAGGGGUGGAGCUGGGGGCCCCGGGUUCAAAGAACCCAUCCGUUCAAUUAUAGCUACACUAUACACUAUAUAUACACUAGAGAGCCAGUGUGGUAUAGUGGUUAGAGUGCUGGACUAGGACCGGGGAGACCCGAGUUCAAAUCCCCAUUCAGCCAUGAUACUAGCUGGAUGACUCUGGGCCAGUCACUUCUCUCUCAGCCUAACUUACUUCACAGGGUUGUUGUGAGGAGAAACUCAAGUAUGUAGUACACUGCUCUGGGCUCCUUGGAGAAAGAGCAGGAUAUAAAUGUAAUAAUAAUAAUAAUAAUAACACCCCUGCUUGUUUAACAUCCUGGAGCCUUCUAAAAUUAGGCUCUAAGGGCCCAUUUAUACAAUCAGUUGAACUGAGAUGUAAAACUUAUCAUAUCUCCCUUCAGGGGAGAUGGAGUAUUCCCUGCCACAAGAUGUGGCGACAGCCAAUAGCCUAGAUGCCUUUAAAAGGGGCUUAGACAGAUUUAUGGAGGACAGGUAUAUCAAUGGCUACUAAUCUGGUGUCUGUGGACCACCUCCAACCUCAGAGGUAUGGAGCAACAGCAAGAGAGAAGGCAUGCCCUCGCCUCUUGCCUGUGGGCUUCCCAGAGGCAUCUGGUGGGCCACUGUGUGAAACAGGAUGCUGGACUAGAUGGGCCUUGGGCCUGAUCCAGCAGGCUGUUCUUAUGUGCUUAUGUUUCAAUGACAAACAUUCCCUCCACAUAGAACAAUAGUAUGUCUGGGGAGCUGAGGUCUUCUCCCUAAUCUCCUAGAUUUCUCUGCAGGGGAGAUCUAGGGCAGAAGCAGAUCUGAACAUGAACCCUCCCACCCCCACACACCGCUGCAGUGAUACAGUCCAAGAAAAAAUUGAUUUGGCUAUUAUGGAGGCUGCUCCUGUGUUUAAUCAAGUCUUACUCAUAUUUCUAAACUGUAGAUGGAAUUUGGGUUUUUUUAAAUAAAACUGUAAUGAUGGCAAGAGAACAUAUGCUUAUGUUGUGGUAAAUCUUUAGAAGUUGUUGAGUGCCUUAAGGCAGAGGAAAAACAGCAUUUUGGAUGAUAUACACCCUGUGUAUACCUCCUUUCUGUUCAGAAUUUCUCCCCAAUAUUAUUAUGCCUUGGUUCUUAAAAAUAUUAGCAUUAGAAUUUAUUAGUCAUGGUAGUAUGUGCAAGGUUUUUUGCUUAUGUCUUAAAUCUCCUGGUGUCUGCAAGUCCAAAUAUGAGUAAAUGUUUCAAAUAGUAUUAUUAUGUUUGUAUUCCAUCCAAGGAGCUCAGCAUGGUAUGUGUAGGGAUAACCCAUUUUAUUCUCACAAAAGCCCUCUGUGAUAGGUUAGGCUGACACUUAACCACCCACUUAACCAUUUUGGUGGGUAGACAAAAACCACCCACAUAGCUCCACAGCUAAGCAAGAAUUUAAACCAUGGGCUGUCCAUGGUCCAAGUCUGACACUUUCUUUUUCUACUAUAGUAUGCUGGUUCUCUGCUUUAGUCAAUGAUUAGGUUAUUUCCAAAUCCAUUCCCUGCCAUCAAGCAGUAUUAAACAAUGCUAAAAUUUCUUUGCUAAAAUUUUCUUAAAGGAUAACUGUCUACAUUAUAUUUUAUGCUUGUGAGUUGUUUUUGCAAAGCACUCCAUGAACACCUAGAAGAACCAUUCUGGAGUAGUCUAUCCAGAAAUAGGUUUCCAGAAACCAUGAGCAGAAUCUCAGAAUCCUAUUGGAUUCCAUACAAAGAUACUUUGUAUGAAAAAGUAAUAUGUAUAAGUCAUUGUGAUAAGGCAUACUCCAAAAUGUGCAGUGGGUUGCAGGAGAGACUAGUACAUCAGAUUUUUAGGUGUUGACUCCUCCAGAUCCCUUUUGGAUCAGACACCAGACCCUUUAGGUCUGCUCCAAAUUUGGUCUGGAAUUGCCCCAAAUCCCUGCUGCAACAUUCUAGGGAUGUGUACGGAAUGAAUUUUGUAUUUUGUUUUGAGCUUGAAACAAAACACAAAUGGCACAUUUCAUCGAAACAGCGGUUAACCCGGUUAUUUCUACAGAACAAAACCUGAAACUCAAAACACCCCAUUGUUCCCCAUGGGUAGCUCUUUAGGACACCAAAAUAUGAGUUGGGUGAUAGGGCAUGAGGGUACUACCCAAACCACAAAAGCAAUGGGCAAGCGAGCAAUUUUUAACACAUCUUUAACCUUUUUCCCCAAACCCCCAUAGGAUCGGAAGCCAGUGCUGGAAAACCAAUCAGCAAGAAAAAAACAGGCCUCCAAAAUGGCGCUCAAAACAUUGAAACAUUUGGAAUCAAAAUGGGAUUCUUUUGCUCCGAGCGCUAAAUAGGCUCUUUAUUUAAAGGGCACUUUCUUUCAAGCUCAAGACACUUGAAAGAUCCCUACAACAUUCUCUGGAACCCUCCUACUGUCCCUGCACUUGAUGCAACUUGGUAGACGUAUGGAGAACAAUGGGAACAUCUACUCAUGCUUCCAAGCCUCCUUAGAUGCCAUGGCAAGCAUGCAUCAGAUCAAAAUCUAAACCACAGUUUUUGCUAUAGUGUGUUCUUCUUAUCUUUCUUACCCCACUAAAUUGUACAGAGGGAGGGGCAUCAGGAAGAGUUCUAGGAAAUACUGCAGUGGGGACUAAAGACCGUAGUGUUAUUCUUGCCACAUGGUGGGAGUCAAAUCUACACUAGACCAAAUCUGAUGCCUUUCUUAAAAACAUACGUUACUGGUGUGGAUUUGAGUGAGCCUGCUCCCACACAAAUUCUAACAAAAUAAUUUCAUGUGUAUGUGCUCACAAGAUCUUUUCCAGAGAUCUUUCCUCAUUCUGAUAUAUUAUUUUCUAUCAACACGCAAUGGCAUAGCGAACUGGGCGCUUUCUUGCAUUUAAAUGCACCGCUUUAAACAAGUGGUGAUUUCGGAUCCUCUAGUGGUGUCUCUUGAGUAUUCUGCAAAUUAGGAUGCUGUCAGUGAGUGUAUGGGCAGGGAACAGUUGUUGUUAAAUGAACAAGGAAUUUCCUAGGAAUAUUAACUUAACUAGUUGUAUUCUCUAAGGACUUUUUCCAAGAGCCAAACUGGAUUCAAGAAAUGCUUAAUUGGAUCACAAGCAUGAUAAAUUAUAUUACUGUCUGAUGGAUUUUUUUUAAUGUAUAGCUUUACACACAGCAUAUUGAAAUGAAACUUCUACACACACCGAUUCUUUCCAAUAAUUGUCCCCACCCAGUUUCUUUCCCCCUCGCUUCCCUUCUAGGCUAUAGGCAGGGGUAUAGAAAUAAUUGAGCAGAUGGUUUCAAAGAACCUGGGCCUCUCGGCUCCUGAGGGGCCCCCAGCUUCACCCCUCCCUAUUUUCUUCAUUAUAUCCUUCACUCCUGGUGCCACCACUGAGGAGAGGGGCACACACUGGCCGUCUCUCCCCUCCCUAUGCCCCUGACCAUAGGCAUGUAACCACCACCCUUACUUCCAGACACCCCUUGUCUCUCCUUUUGAGAGUUUGCCUCAAUGAAGCUUUGUUGCUCAUGCUAGUUCUGCUAGCAGUAGGAUCAACCCAAACAUCAUAAAAAUAUUGGUAUGAUAUCAUGUCAUAAUAAUAUUGUUCACUCAAAUGCAGGAGGCCAACUGAAGGUUUUAAUAUGAUUUUGAGAAAUAUGCAUUUCCUCUGUUUUUAAUAAAAGGCACAUCUGUAAUUAUGAUAAGAGGGAUUCAAUUAACAUCUUGUAGAUAGAAGCACUGUACUCAUUCUGCAUAGUGGUGUUAAGGAAAAUUGACUGAUGCAUAGACUGAACCCAGUUUGAAAAUAUACAGCAAAAAAUUGAUCAUCCACUUCACAACCCAUUUGACACAGCUUAUCAAUAACUUAUUUUUUUUUUAAAAAAAACACAACAAACUUUAUAAUAUACAUAGUACGAUGUUUAAUACAGUUGGUUGCAUCAAUGUAAAUAUAUAUAUUCACAUCCAAGAUAUAAAUAUUUCUUUACUUUCCAAUAUCCAACAAAAAGUAGCUAAUUCUUUAAAAAGAACUUUGCUGUCCUCUUUUGUUUGGGUGUAAUGUGUUAAUUUGGUAAGCCAAGCAUAUUCAUGCACUUUGUUCUCUCACUUAGGAACUUUUCCUAGGCUUAAGUAUUUAGUAAAUUGGACUGUGCAACUCAUAUAGGAUAAUGACUCCUGUGAGUCAUUGAUUAUACAAGUCAAUGAAUACUAUCAGAACUAGAUCUACUGUAUGAAGAAGUUUGCAAUUCUAUAAAAUUAUAUCCAGUCUCAUACCAAUACUUUUCUAAAAGCUAGCAGUACCACCAUGAGUGCUAGAAGGUAACUAAAUCUUUCUUGCAUUUCCAAAAAUGUGGUUUAUAGGUAGUAAUGAUUUUUAUAUGACCCAUAUGGUAUAAUAUAUCACCUUGUCAUUACUUUGUAGCAUUUCCCCCCACAUUGGUGGUGGUGGUGGUGGUGGUGGUGAUGAUGAUGAUAGUAUUGAUCAGAGGGGUGUUGCAUGGGUGGGGGAUCCUGUGGUUUCCCCUUUGUCAUGGACAAACCACCACUUGGUUAAGGUUGGUUUCACAGAUGCUACCCAUCCCUGCAGGGGUGGAGGACCUAUUAAGAUGGUUCGCCCAAGAUGGCUGCUGGACCCAGUAGGAUUCCAAAAAGGCAUGGAGGUUGGUCCUGCCAGUGAUUCUGUUGAUGCCCUGGUGGGAACCUGGAACAUGGAAGUCACUGGGGCAGUAGACUAUUGCUCCUAAGCAUCUCUUCCAACCUGCUUUAAAAGUGGCCCCUUGGUGUACAGAGGAGUUAUGGGGUCUGAAGCAGCAAGGUAGGCGACUGGAGCGCAAGUGGAGGAGAACUUGGCUUGAAUGUGACAGGACACAGCAUAGAGCCCAUUUGAAGGUUUAUGCGGAGGUGGUGCAUUCGGCAAAAAACCGAUUCUGGUCUGCACACAUUGCUUCUGUGGGUUCACGUCCGGCAGAGCUGUCCCGGGUUGUGAGGAGUUUGAUUCAGGCUCCUUCCAAUUCAAACCAAUCUCCAGGGACUUUGUUCUCCUGUAUUUGGGCCGACUUGGACUCCACUGUUUUUGCAGAGGCUAUUAAGGUGGUGUCCAGCAACCCCGCUUGCAGUAUUAGAGUGGAUCAGUUUCAACCUGUGAUGCCCGAGGACAUGGACAAGCUGCUUGAGGCAGUGUAGCCUAUCAUGUGUUCUCUGGAUCCUUGCCUGACUUGGCUGCUUUUAUCUAGCAGGGAAAUUGUUGGAGAAGGCCUAGUUAAUAUCAUUAACUCAUCACUGAGGGAGGGUAGGAUGCUUCAUAAGAACAACCCUGCUGGAUCAGGCCCAAGGCCCAUCUAGUCCAGCAUCCUGUUUCACACAGAGGCCCACCAGAUGCCACUGGAAGCCUACAGGCAGGAGUUGAGGGCAUGCCCUCUCUCCUGCUGUUACUCCCCUGCAACUGGUACUCAGAGGCUUCCUUGUUUUAAGGAGGCAAUGCUUAAACCACUUCUUAAGAAGCCUUCCCUAGAUCCCUCAGUGAUGGAUAGUUAUCGGCCAGUCUCCAGUCUCCCAUGAUUUGGCAAGGUGAUUGAGAGAGUGGUGGCUAACCAGCUCCAGGCAUUUUUGGAGGAAACCAAUUAUCUAGACCCAUUUCAAACUGGCUUUAGAGCUGACUAUGGGGCUGAGACUGCCUUGGUCAGCCUGAUGGAUGACCUUUACCAGGGAAUCGGCAGAGGGAGUGUGACUCUGUUGGUUCUUUUGGAUCUCUCAGCAGCAUUCAAUACCAUCAAGCAUGGUAUCCUUCUGGGUUGCUUGGGGGAGUUGGGGAUAGGAGGCACUGUUUUGCAGUGGUUCCGCUCCUGUCUCUCAGGCAGAUUCAAGAUGAUGGAGCUUGGUGACAGUUGCCAUUACAGUAUGUGGAGUCUCUCAGGGCUCCAUUCUGUCACCAAUGCUUUUUAGCAUCUACGUGAAACCGCUGGGUGAGGUCAUCAGGAGAUUUGGUGCAGAGUGUUAUCAGUAUGCUGAUGACACCAAAAUCUAUUUCUCUUCAUCAUCAUCAUCAUCAUCAUCAUCAUCAUCAUCAUCAUCAUCAUGAAAUGGCAUUUACUCCCUAAAUGCCUGCCUAUGGGCUGGAUGAGGGAUAACAAAUUUAAGCGGACUCCAAGCAAGACAGAGGUGCUCAUUGUGGGGGAUUGGAAUUUGAGGGAUGAGUUAGAUCUUCCUGUGUUGGAUGGGGUUACACUCCCCCAGAAGAAACAGGUAUGUAGCUUAGGAGUGCUCUUGGAUCCAAGUCUCCCCUGGUAUCUUAGGUGGAGGCUAUGGCCAGGAGUGCUUUCCAUCAACUUUGGCUGAUUUGACAGCUGUGUCCAUUCCUUGAAGAGAACAAUCUCAAAACAGUGGUGCAUCAGCUGGUAACCUCCAGGCUUGUUUGGCUGACUUUGUACAUAGUUUGGAAACUUCAGUUCAAAAUGCGGCAGCCGGACUGGUCUCUGUGGUAACCAGGAGAGACCAUAUUAUGCCUGUCUUAAAACAGUUGCACUGGCUGCUGAUAUGUUUCCAGGCAAAAUACAAAGUGCUGGUUAUUACCUUUAAAGUCCUGAAUGGCUUGGGUCCGUUCUACCUUAGAGAGCACCUUCUUCUGUAUGAUCCCCAUUACACACUGAGGUCAUCUAGAGAGGUCUGUCUCCAGUUACCACCAGUACGUCUGCUGUCGACUCAAAACUGGGCCUUCUCUGUAGGUGCUCCUGGCCUAGGGAAUGCACUCCCAGCAGAUAUCUGAAGUUUAGGCUUGUUAGUUUAGGCAGAUAUCCACAGUUUAGGCCCUUAAGAGAGCCCUAAAAUCUUACUUGUUUGGCCUGGCCUUUCAAGGUUUUAAAACAGUUUUUAAGUAUUUUAAUUGGUUCUACAUAAUUUUGAAUUGUUUUUAAAUUGUUUUUAUAUUGUUUUAAGCAGUGUGUUUUAAAUGGUGUUUGUUUUUAUGUCUUUUAAAACUUGUUGUGCACAGCCCAGAGCCUUUGGAUGGGGUGGUCUAUAAAUUUAAGUUAGUUAAAUAAAUAGACAAACAAACAAACUUUAAUUGUGAGCCACCCCAUAACAAAUUGUUCUCUGGGCAGCUCACAACAGUCUGUUCUAUCUCGUACACAAAGAGAUGGUUCUAUAGUUCAAAUAUAUUUCCAAAAUUUAUAUUUUGCCCCACAUCCUGAGGACAUUAACUCAUAAUCUUGUUACUUAUUCCAUUCCAUAAUGAAAUUCCAGUAGAAUGUUAUACAAUUUAAAUACAAUAAUAUAGUCUAUUAUUAUUGCACUCUUGCGUUAUUUCUCUCUGCAGUUGAGAGGAUUAGCAACUUAAAACUGUGUUAUCAAGUUUCUAAACAUUUACAGUAGUGAAUAUGCCUAUAGCACCAUUGUGGUAUCCUGUAACACUAGCUUAAUGUCCUGCUUUGUGAUAACGCUUAUACAGCACCUAAAGUAUACUCCAAAGAACCUAUUCUAUGGCACAUGUAUGGUGGAGAUAAUAGAGCCAUUCCUAAAGGCAGCUCUGUCUGUUUUGUUUUGUGAAUGGCGAUUGUUUUGUGACUUUGCACUUUUACCAGAUUUUCACAUUUUUAACAGAUUUCUGAGUAAAUAAAUAUAUAAGGUGUCCGCCUGCAACUAAGGGUUAACAAUGGAAAUACAAGUAAAGAGAGCCCUGCUGGAUCAGACUAAGGGUCAAUCUGUUUCUGCCUUCUGUUUCCACCAGUAACUAACCAAAUGCCUUGGGAAGUUCACAGGUAAGGGUUGAUGCCCUGUAGUUGGCCUAGAGCAAAGUGUAAUGUAGUAGUGGCACAAAAGAUGCUACUGGCUACAAUCUGGAGAUGCUCCUGGGAAGAAAUAUAUUGUACACAAUUAGUACUAUGCAUGAAAAUUUGAUGCAGACUAGUAAGAUGAGUUAGCCCUGGCAUUGUAUUGCAUUACACUGCCAGUGUGCUCAUGUCCUUGUUGUAUGUAAGACCUUGCACAUGCAAAAAUGGAUCUGCUCUGCAAAUCUGUAUGGGAAUCUCUCCUUACCCCAUCUCUGCCAUGUACUGCGUCAUCCCAUACAGGUUUCUCUAUUCAGAAGGCAGAGCAAUAUUUAUUCCUCCUUUUUGUGUAUAGCAUGUGCAAUGUCCCUACUGAACAUGGAACAAACCUCCUGGAUUGGGGCAUGUAUUUUUAUUUUUAUUUUUUUGUUACAUUGUAUAAUGGAAAAAGUGAACAUAUGUUAAUUUUCAGUAUCAUCAAAGAAACAAUGGAAUUGUAAUACAGUCACAAAUUCUACUUUGAUCACGUUUUUGUAGGGUCCAAUUUAAAACUGUUUAAAUGUUCCGCUAUAUCUUGUUAACAAGAUAUACUGUAUUUUUCUAUGUUAAAUGUAUAAUUUGUAUAAUUUUGUAUAUUAAAAUGUAUGCCUAUUUUCAA